AUGCUAGGCCACAUGCAGAGACCAAACCCCCGAGCCAGCCCCCAUCCGCUAAUAAAACCAACCAGGCAACCAAGACGGCAACCUACGGACCAUGGACGGGUCCAACGUCUGGACGACGACCGCCCUCCAUCUCCACUGAUAGCCUAUCCUAAGGCGACACUAGGCCCUAGCCAUGCUAGGCCACAUGCAAACCCUCGAGCCAGCCACCACCCGCUAAUAAAACCAACCAGCCAACCAGGACGGCAACCUACGGACCAUGGACGGCCUACCCUGAGGCGACACCAGGCCCUAGCCGUGCUAGGCCACAUGCAGAGCAAACCCCCGGGCCAGCCACCACCCGCUGUAGGCGGUCCAACCAAACGACCGGCCCAGCAUCCCGGACACCUUGAUAUACGGCGCAAGCGAUGUCCAGUGAGGAUGGUCGCUAUUUCUCCACCGCCCACCAAGAGGACUCAGCAGCCAUGUCCCCACGAGAGGCCAGGGACGUCGGCCAACCCCCAGCAGAGCCAACCAGUCGCCAGCCGGACUACCGGAGCAGCCAGCGUUGGACAGCCCCCCCCCCAGUGCCAAAGACACUCUAACAUAAACUAA